AGAAGGUUAUUUCCUGCUGACCCAGAGCAAGCCUCCCAUCCGAAAAAGGGGCUGCAGGGAUUUCCUCGACCUCCGCGACCGGCCGCGCCCCCAACAGCGCAGCGCCCUCCGGGCCCGCUGGAGGUGAGGGAGGUGCUGCCUGCCCGUCCCUCUGUCGUCUCCUCCCCCUGGUGCUCCCCACCCUCCACUCUCCUCCCUCCUUCUGUCGACUCCUCCUGCCGCUGCUGCUGCUUUGGCUGCUGCGUCAUACGCCCCAGAGCCGCCAGGACGGAGGGGCUGGGCCCGGGGACCCCCUGGCCUCCGCCUGCACGCCCCCCGGCGCUCACACUCAGUCUUCCCGCACCGGAGACUCAUCCAGGUCUCUUGAGUCUGACCCUACCUGGCUUCCAGCUGCCCCGGCUGUCACCGGCCCCCCCAGGAUGCAAUGGCGCAGCUCCCCCGGCUGAGCCGUUUGGGUGCCCCCUCUCUCUGGGAUCCAGCUUCCCCUGCUCCCACCUCAGGCCCCAGACCUCGGCUUUGGGAAGGCCAAGAUGUGCUGGCCAGAUGGACUGAUGGGCUGCUGUACUUGGGUACCAUCAAAAAGGUGGACAGUGCUCGAGAGGUGUGUCUGGUCCAGUUUGAGGACGAUUCCCAGUUUCUGGUUCUAUGGAAGGAUAUCAGCCCAGCUGCCCUCCCUGGGGAGGAGCUGCUCUGUUGUGUGUGUCGCUCUGAGACCGUGGUACCUGGGAACCGGCUGGUCAGCUGUGAGAAGUGUCGCCAUGCUUAUCACCAGGACUGUCACGUUCCCAGGGCCCCGGCCCCUGGAGAAGGAGAGGGCGCAUCCUGGGUAUGCCGCCAGUGUGUCUUUGCAAUCGCCACUAAGAGGGGAGGCGCACUGAAGAAAGGUCCCUAUGCCCGGGCCAUGCUGGGCAUGAAGCUCUCCCUGCCAUACGGAUUAAAAGGGCUGGACUGGGAUGCUGGACAUUUGAGCAACAGACAGCAGAGCUACUGCUACUGUGGAGGCCCUGGAGAGUGGAACCUGAAAAUGCUGCAGUGCCGGAGCUGCCUCCAGUGGUUCCAUGAGGCCUGCACCCAGUGUCUGAGCAAGCCCCUCCUCUACGGAGACAGAUUCUAUGAAUUUGAGUGCUGUGUGUGCCGGGGCGGCCCUGAGAAGGUCCGGAGGUUACAGCUUCGCUGGGUGGAUGUGGCCCAUCUUGUCCUCUACCACCUCAGCGUUUGCUGUAAGAAGAAAUAUUUUGAUUUUGACCGAGAGAUCCUCCCCUUCACCUCUGAGAAUUGGGACAGUCUGCUCCUGGGGGAGCUCUCAGAUACUCCCAAGGGAGAGCGCUCUUCCCAGCUCCUUUCUGCUCUUAACAGCCACAAGGACCGUUUCAUUUCAGGGAGGGAGAUUAAAAAGCGAAAAUGUCUUUUUGGUCUCCAUGCUCGGACCCCUCCUCCUGUGGAGCUUCUCACUGGAGAUGGAGCCCCCACCAGCUUCCCUUCAGGGCAGGGCCCUGGGGGAGGGGUCUCACGUCCCCUGGGGAAACGAUGGAGGUCGGAGCCAGAACCCUUAAGGAGGAGGCAGAAGGGGAAAGUGGAGGAACUGGGGCCACCCACGGCAGCACACAGUCGGCAUGGGUCCCGGGAGCAGAGGGCCCUGCAGGCCUCGGUGUCUCCACCACCCCCCAGCCCUAACCAGAGCUAUGAGGGCAGCAGCGGCUACAACUUCCGGCCCACAGACGCCCGCUGUCUGCCCAGCAGCCCUAUCCGGAUGUUCGCCUCCUUCCACCCUUCUGCCAGCACUGCAGGGACCUCUGGGGACAGUGAACCCCCAGAUAGGUCACCUCUGGGACUUCACAUUGGCUUCCCCACAGACACCCCUAAAAGUUCACCCCACUCAGUGACGGCCUCAUCUUCCUCGGUCCCAGCCCUGACCCCAGGCUUUUCCAGACAUUCACCCCCUUCUCCCUUGUGCCGUAGUCUGUCUCCGGGGACUGGGGGAGGAGUCCGAGGUGGGGUUAGCUACCUGUCCCGAGGGGACCCUGUGAGGGUCCUUGCUCGAAGAGUGCGGCCUGACGGCUCUGUGCAGUACCUAGUUGAGUGGGGAGGGGGGGGCAUCUUCUGACAGCCUGCUUCUGCUCCCCUCCCCAUUCACACACUGGCACUUUCAUGCCCUGACCUCUGACCUCACCUACAGCUGGGAUGUACCUGGAGAGAUGGGGAGUGGUUCUCCCUCCUGCCCAGGCUGGAAUCCAGGGGAGUGAAGAGGUCCUCUUCUCUGCCCCUUCAUGACUCCUAAUGCCCCCCCUCAUUUCCUUUGAUGUUAUUUUGUUACAGCUUUUGAGAUAAUUUUUUAAGACUAUUUAACCCCUGGGAUUAGAGAUUGGGGGGGGGGGUUUGGGUGGUCCAGGAUUCCAGACUGUAUGACUGUAAUAAAGAUAAAUAAACCUAGUAGGCAUGAGUCAUUU